GCAUGAGCGCCGUCUCUGACAAUUACUCCGAGGCUGAGGUGGUCACCAGUCAGAUCAGUCAGUCGCAUAGCACCACCUCGGACAGUCAGAGGCGACGGACGAUAGCGUUGGCGCCAUGCCCAACAGCAGCAGCAGCAGCCACGCCCACGCCCAGCGAGUAGCGCAUGGUGCAAUAGCUAAUGGUCACUGCAGCUCCGCCUCAGCAUCCGCGCCAGCAUCCAACUCAAGCUCACCCAGAACGCAGCCAACGCCGCCGCCGCCACCGCCGCAGCGCCGCCAGCGCGUAGUGAUCAGCCAAGAGCCCGCCCGGCCGCAGCUUAAGACGUCCGUCACGCAUACGGAAACGGCGCGCAUUAUGCGCAGCAGCGAACGUGCCACACCCACCAGCUCACCGGCAAGGCAGCUCCAGGCGGCGGCGGCCUGUCAUUGCCGCUGUGCGCCCGAGGAUUUUGCGCAGACGCAGCUGGCGCCGGAUAAAAUGGAGCAGCAGACCUGCAAGCUGCUCGAGUCGCCCAAGCAGCGUGCCACGCCCACAGUGACGCCCACCAAGCAGCAGCGGCAGCAGCAGCAGCAAGAACAGCAGCAGAAGUGCCAGGAGGAUGAGCAGCUGUCGCUCAUGUUGAUAGGCCUGGCGCAGUUUGUGCCGGCGGCAAAGCUGCUGCAAGCCACGCCCAGCAUAGCCGUAGUGCCGCCCACGCCGGACUCAGUGCUCACCAAGACGACAACACAUGUGUGGGACAACAGCAGCGGCGUCGGCGGCGGCGGCGGUGCUGGUGGCAGCGAUCACGUAACCACCGCCACGACAGCGACCACGACAGCGAAGCAGCCGCGUCAAGCGAUUAUUGAGAAUAUACCGGAAGACUCGUGCGAUGAGUCGCCGCUGGAAGAGGAGCCACCGUACAGACCGAUGAGCAGUGCGCUGCGUCGCUUUGGCACCAUGUCCAGCCUGGAGAAGCUGCCCUCAGAUGAGCUGGAGGAUGAGCUGGAUGCCUAUGCACAAAACGGACUCAAUGAGCAGGCGGAGGCUUCGCAUCAGGAUGCAACUGCUGUGCAGCAGCAGCAGCAGCAGCAGCAGGAUGAUGAUGACAAUGCCGAGCGGGAGCAUGAGGAUCUGGAGCAGGAGCAGCUGCUGCCAAGCUGUUCCAGCGGCCAAGGCGACGUGCUGGCCAGCGGCGCUUGGACGAAUCGUGCGGGCGCAUUCGUGAGCGAUAAGAUGAGUUUCUUUGAGGAAUCUCGCGCCUUCAUCGACAAGUACUUGGGCCGCUGGAAUGCCAACGAGCAGUCCCAGCAGCAGGGCAAUCAAACAGCCUCGGAGACGGAUGAGCAGCUGGAUGAGUGCACCUCAGGUGCCACCAGCGGCGAGGAAGUCUGGGGCACGCCCACCAGCGGCGGCGACAACGAUGACAUGCAGCUGAUGAAUUCGGAGAAUACGCACUCGUCACCCACUAAGUCGAGCACCUCUUUGAACGAUGACGAUGACACCGAGCUAAUGAUGGAUGAGCUACUGAUGGCGCCACCUAUGACAGCAAGCACCAUACGCGGACUGUUGCCACGUUUUUACAGACGCCGUCUUGAGCCCCUGUUCGAGGAGGAAACCGAAAGCGACGAAGAGAAGACCCAACAGGACAGCGAUGACAUCAAAAAGGUGGGGGGAAGCAACGACAAAUGGCCACUACCUAGAGGAUUCGGCUGGAAGUUCAAGCGACGAGUCCUCGACGAGGCCAACGCCGCUGCCGAGCUGCCGACCCAGUCUGGUGCGUCCGCUCGGCAAGCCCAUGCUGCUGCCCACUACAGCCAUUACGAGUGUGAUGCCAAUGCCAACAGCACCAUUAGCACCACCACUAGCACCACUGCCAGUGGCCUUAUCCUGCGAGUAUCUACUCGAACAGCGGCCGUCUGCAGCCGCAGUCGCAGUCAGCGCAGCAGAAGCGACAGCGAUGACGACAACGAUGACGCUGACGACGACGACGACGAC